AUCGAACUGUUAGUCACUCUUACCUGUCUCUUGCUUAACCAUAACUGAAUAGUGUUCUGAUAUGCGAUGACGAAUUUGCCGAAUUAUUCACUUGAUAUAACUGGCUCCAUAGGAGGAGUUGGACUGGCAAGUACACAUGAAUGUGGAGAAUUCAGUCUGCCUUCAUUGAUGACCUUCAUCAUCACGUUCAGUUUGGCUAGUGAUUGUUUCCGACCCGCAUUUCUUAACCCUCUAGUUACAAUUUCCUUGGUAGAAUCAUUUACGGACAGUACUUUCUUCAAAACGGUAGGAACAUUCGGUCUUCUUUACAUUUCAUUUAUGUUUGUUGAUGAAUCUGUUGCACACUCAUUCCUAUUAAGCAGGUUACAAACAUUACUCAAUUCAUCUGCAAUGGUGCCAUCAAAACAAAUCAUUCUGGAGCCAUGAGUCAAAAUCUUUACUAAGUUUCUUUUAUAUCCGAAUGGUACAGCUUUAUAACGAUGACAGAAUAUUUUCAAACUGAGGACUUUCUAUGAAUCCCUCUUUUUAGUAUUCCACCUACCCUUGUUAUUGGUUGGAAGUCUAGAAAUAAUAUGGUGUUGGUCUGUUCUUCCUCAAGUGCAAAAUUAAUAGAUGGGUGAAUGUUAUUAAAUAUACUAAUUGAAUUAUCUAACUUAAUUUUGUUAUCCCAAUUGAAAUAUUUAUUAUUAUUUUAUUCUACCAAAAUAGA